AUGAUGGAAAAAAUCCUUGACCUCACUGUAGAGCGCUACGCUGCGUUGCUUACGUCGAACGACGCUGACCAGCUCAAAGUGGCAUACGACCUGCUGCCCGAGCUGUAUGGUGGAUCUUAUAGAAAUGGAAGGGGGGAAGCAUUCGCUAGGGUUGUCCAGGAGAUAGCUGCGUAUCAGGGAGGCAGAGUUCUAAAGCGACUUCUGCCUUCAACGCUAGGCCGAUCCUUCGAGACUUCUUUGACGGAAGGACUCCGUCACUUCACCUACUCCAUUCUGGCGCUUGCCAUGCUUACGUCAAGCAAGGUCGUUGUGGAGCGCUAUUUGAGGGAGGGAUCUGGGCCAGACGAAAAGGAGAACGCUCGGGAGAUCUUGUCGCGGCUGCUUCGGCUGACUGUCAGGAUUGCCCGCACUUUGCAAGGGGACAGGGCAUACAGUACGUUUCGCACCCUGGUGAUAAUUCCUUCAUUGGAAUGCCUAACGAACUUUGCGCGAGGAUCCAAGAUUUUCCGAAACGCCAUGAAGGAGUGCGCUGAAAAUGGCAGCAUCUUUGAACAGUAUAAAGCCCUUCUCUUUGCGGAGAGUUCUGCAGAUGAGUCGCCUGCCAGCGAAACCAAGAUGGUUCGGUUUCACCUAGCCAGUAUGGCUGUCUCUCUGGCAUUCUCAGCGGAUAGUCAGAUGUGGGCCCUUGACAUGGGCCUCCUCAAGCUGGUAGCGGCAAUCUACGAAGCAACACCUCUGCGGGAGCUUUCGAAACCGUCCGAGCGGCGCAGGUCUCCCGCGUUCCGCUGCAACCAAAUCCUGCUCCGCUUGCUCGAAUCCAAAGAGACGGCGGAAAAGCUGCGCGCGCACAACGCGCUCGCGGGUUUCCGGCCCCACAGGCGAAAGAUCAACGGCGCGGAACCGGAGCACAAUACUUGGGCUUUGUUCGAGCGGCGGUUUCAGGGCCUGGAUGAACCGUGGGGAACGAAGCUGUCCGCUGAGGCCUGGAAAGACGAAGAGCAGGGGUGGAACGGUUAUCUUCGAGUCCCGGUCGUGUGCUCGUGGAAGCUCUGCGCGGCCGGUCGCGAGCCGCUGCUGGGGAAGGGGUAUAGCAGGUGCAGCCGCUGUCAAGUUGCGCGCUACUGCAGCAAGGAGCACCAGAAGCUGCACUGGGUGACGCACAAAGUGCACUACGAGACGAAGCAGGGGAAAGAGGUCGGUGGAGUCGGAAGCGUCAGUGUAAUACCUCACUGUGGUAUAAGAGUAUAA